AUGUCAUCAUCUUCAUCAUCCAUUUCGACGGCUGUAGAGGAGGCUAAGUUUAUCGGUUCCAUCAUGGCGAAAAUGGUUGCAUACUAUCAAUACCGACUAGACGAAACAUCAUGUGCACGAUCUAAACCAAGAAAGUCGCAGUUGCAUAGAAAUCACGAAGCCGAACACAAUUGUCUUAUUGAGGAUUACUUUGUAGAUGACGCCAUCUGCGAUAAAAUGGAUGCAAUGUGGAUAAAAGCUUUCUCUCCCAUUCAAAAAUGCACAACUGCAAUUCGUCAACAGCGAUAUUUUCGCAAACCAACUAUCAACGAUAUCCACCAAUUGUGCACGGUGCAUGAAGGCAUGCAUGGAUUCCCUGGAAUGCUUGGUAGUAUCGAUUGCAUGCAUUGGGGUUGGUCGUUAUGCCCCAACGCAUGGCAUGUUGGUGCAAACAAUGACAUCAAUGUGCUAGACCAGUUGCCAGUAUUCAACGAUAUCUACCUUGGAAAGUCGCACGAUGUAUACCUUUUCAAGCAAAUGGGGAAAAAGUUUAAAGAGGUGCAAGAGUCAGCUAGGAAGGAUGUGGAGCAAACAUUUGGUGUACUUAAUAGACGUUGGCAAGUACUAGCAAUCAGGGCAAGGUCAUAUGAAGUGAAAAUGUUACAACACGUAAUGUAUGAAUGUAUCAUAUUGCAUAAUAUGAUUUUUGAAGACGAAGGAAGAGGGAUAUGUCGGUACAAUGAAAAUGAAGUUUUUCCAGAUGUCGAAGGAGUAGUUGUUGGUACACAAGAGUAUAGGGCGAAUAAAAGAGAAGUACAUAAUCACGACAUUCAUCACAUCCUUCGUGCUGAUUUGGUGGAGUACAUUUAUAGGGCUCAUAUUCAGCCCCCGAUAGAGUUUUCUCGCGAUGAUUUGUUUGAUGAAUCAGACAAGGAUUCUAAUUUGUUCUUCGAGAGCGAAGAUUCCGAUUACAAGAGUGACGUUCAGGAGAAUGAGAAAGAAUACGAGGACGAUAAUUCCGAGUGA